AUGGUGCUAAAUCUCCUCUUUAUCACGACGGUCAUCAAGUCCACAUUCGGUGUGGUAACCACUGGACUCUGGCUGAUACCCUUGCUCUUAGCGGCCAUCACCUAUUAUCGCUAUGAUGCAGUGGAUCCGGAAUCGCGGCCCUUGGACCAGUUGAAUCUCUGGCCCGAAUAUGAUUUCAUAGUGGUGGGCAGCGGCUCGGCGGGCGCGGUGGUGGCCAAUCGACUGAGCGAGCUGCGCAAAUGGAAGGUGCUGCUGAUCGAGGCCGGGCCGGAUGAGAACGAGAUCUCGGAUGUACCCUCGCUAGCCGCCUAUUUGCAGCUAAGCAAACUCGACUGGGCCUACAAGACGGAACCCUCGACGAAGGCUUGUUUGGGCAUGCAGAACAAUCGCUGCAAUUGGCCGCGAGGACGAGUCCUGGGCGGCUCCUCCGUGCUGAACUAUAUGCUCUAUGUGCGUGGCAAUCGGCAUGACUACGAUCAUUGGGCCUCGCUGGGCAAUACCGGCUGGGAUUACGAUCAGGUGCUGCACUACUUCAAGAAGUCCGAGGACAAUCGCAAUCCCUAUCUGGCCAAGAGCGCCUACCAUGGUCGUGGCGGGCUGCUGACCGUGCAGGAAUCGCCCUGGCACACGCCCUUGGUCGCCGCCUUCGUGGAGGCGGGCACGCAGCUGGGCUACGACAAUCGGGACAUCAAUGGCGCCCAACAGGCUGGCUUUAUGAUUGCCCAAGGCACCAUACGACGCGGCUCACGCUGUUCCACGGCAAAGGCGUUUCUGCGCCCGAUACGCCAGCGUCCCAACUUUCAUUUGUCCAUGAACUCGCAUGUGACACGCAUCAUCAUCGAGCCGGGCACCAUGCGCGCCCAGGCCGUGGAGUUUGUGAAGCAUGGCAAGGUCUAUCGCAUUGCGGCACGUCGCGAGAUUAUAUUGUCAGCGGGUGCCAUCAAUACGCCACAGCUGAUGAUGCUCUCAGGUCUGGGGCCGCGAAAGCAUCUCGAACAGCAUGGCAUACGUGUGCUGCAGGAUCUGCCUGUGGGCGAGAAUAUGCAGGAUCAUGUGGGCAUGGGCGGACUAACGUUUCUCGUGGACAAGCCCGUGGCCAUAGUGCAGGAUCGCUUCAAUCCAACUGCGGUCACCUUCCAGUAUGUGCUGCGCGAACGCGGACCCAUGACCACAUUGGGCGGUGUCGAGGGUUUGGCCUUUGUGCAUACACCCUACUCCAAUCGCAGCAUCGACUGGCCGGACAUACAGUUCCACAUGGCGCCCGCUUCCAUUAACUCGGACAAUGGUGCGCGAGUCAAGAAGGUAAUGGGUCUUAAGGAGUCCGUUUAUCAGGAGGUCUAUCAUCCCAUUGCCAACAAGGAUAGCUGGACUAUAAUGCCGCUGCUGUUGCGUCCACGCUCCAGGGGCAGCGUUCGCCUGCGCUCGGCCAAUCCCUUUCACUAUCCGCUCAUCAAUGCCAACUACUUUGAUGAUCCGCUGGAUGCCAAGACGCUGGUGGAGGGCGCCAAAAUUGCGCUGCGCGUUGCCGAAGCGGAGGUAUUCAAGCAAUUCGGCAGCCGGCUCUGGCGCAAGCCGUUGCCCAACUGCAAACAGCACAAGUUUCUAUCCGAUGCCUAUUUGGAGUGCCAGGUGCGCACCAUAUCGAUGACCAUCUAUCAUCCCUGUGGCACCGCCAAAAUGGGUCCCAGCUGGGAUCCGGAGGCCGUUGUCGAUCCACGACUGCGCGUCUAUGGUGUGCGCGGGCUGAGGGUCAUUGAUGCCAGCAUUAUGCCGACCAUCAGCAGCGGCAACACGAAUGCUCCGGUCAUUAUGAUCGCCGAAAAGGGCGCCGAUCUCAUAAAGGAGGAUUGGCUCAACAAUCCCGAGUAUAAAGUCAAGCGGCAGGAUGGCUACAGCGAC